GGCUGCCUACAAAUCUUCUCCUGCAGCACUGCAGUGGGGCUUGUUGUGCGUUUGCUAACGUUGUUCAUGUUUACCACAAACAGUAUUAGCAGAGGAGCUGAUCAGCACAGUUUGCGAUAUCUGGGUGGCCUGCGAAGAGACCGGAAUGGGUGUCUUCUGCGAGAAAAAAAACAGGGAGCGGUGCGGCUUAGGCAUAGUGAGCCUGAAACUUUUCCACGAGAAAAUAGAACGCCAUAACAGCCGUUGGACUUUCCAGAAACAGCGCUUAUUUACGAAAAACCUCGAAAACUCCUCGCUUGUCAUGCUUUCUUCCUGUUUUUUAUUAAAUCAGCGUGGCCAUUUGGAUUGAUAUGUGGUUUUAAAGCGCUUGUAGAGGCCUUUUUUUUCUCCCCUUGGGCUAGUUUGUGGCAACACACUGACACUAACCCCCCUCAAACCACCCCAUGUAACACGGCUGCAAUUAUGCUAAUAACGACGAGGGUGCAUACUAAAUUAUCCUGGCAGCUUCAGCUAUAUUUUCACACGGUUGUCACUUUCGGAUGGGCCAAACAAGCGACUUUGUGUAGCUGUUUGUCGCUUUAAGGUCGUGUAAGCUGGCAGAUAUGGGCCAUAUAUGGUGGCAUUAAGGGUCAGUAUGCCCGUUAAACCGGUUAUUUCCCGGUUACGGUGAGUAGAGGAUUUCCAAGAGGCCUUGUGUGUUUAGUUGAGGCCUGGUCGGUGCACGCCACGGCCUGCAGUGUUUGGAGUAAAACUGGUAGUAAUCGCGGUACUACGAGGGCUUGACACGGCACUAUCCAGCUAAAGCAGAGGUGACAUCACCGCUUGUUGUUUGCAUUUUGUGCUCUGGGGCCUUGUCUUGGUAAAGUUAACAGCUGUUAUCUGCUCGGGUUUAUGAUUAUGCAUAUAUUGACCUGCCCUAUCGUCAUUACAGCUCUGUAGUAAGCCUGUUAUGAACUUGAAAAAAACUUUUAGAUAUCUGUCCACUAAAUGUGGAUUAGAAACGCACUUAGAAGGGACUGAAAGUUCACUCUGUCUAUAUUGUCAUAGAUAUUACAGUUUUGUAUGCACACUUACUAGGAGUGUACUUGAGGUGUCACAAUAACCUCAGUAUUUAAGAAAAUGAACAUGUCAGUAAUGCAUGCAUUGUAACAUGGUAAAUAAUAGGUGAAUUAUUCUAUUUUAUAUUAUUUUUAGUAUUACAGACUCUCAUGCCCAUCUCCAUUCAUAGGUAUUUUGGUUUUCAUUAAUUUGCGAGAAAAGUCAAUGUAUAGUAAACAAAAUUAUAGAUGCAUUUGUCUGAUAGCAUUGCUUCUUAUUUUAGUAUUGGCCUAGCCUGCCCAAAUAACUUUGUAGACGUGCUGUGCAAUGUAAGAACACUAUCGGAUAUCAUUUAUUACAAUGCGGGUUAAUUAAAUCUGGUUACGAGAGCCAAAAUAUCUGUAAGAGUUCACCUCUUGACACUGUAAUCUCUCGCAGCUUCUAAUAGUAAACACUAAGUGUGACCAUAAACAUCCUGUAGGGCAUACAGUUUUGUAUGUAUGGGGAAUAUAUGUCCUAGAAGGGUCACAAAAACCAUGAUUUUGACAAUUAAAUAUCAAUAAUGUGUAGUUCUUUUUUAACCAGUAUAAUCCAAAGCUGCAGGUGUCUUCUAUCAUAUUAUGCUUAUACAUAUGACCUGCCCUGUUGUUAUUGUAGUUUUGUAGUGAUCCUGAUAUGAACUUUAAUCAUAGGCUCUGCAUAUAAGAAAACUAAAGGAUAUUACACAUUGAAGACAUCAUAAGGGACCGGUGUCUCUAAAAGGUCACAGCUUGACAUUAGACAUUAGAGAUCCUUGCCACAUAUUGUAGUGAGGUUUAUGGCAGUGUUGGCAUAAAUGUUAUUGAGGACAUAACGUUUUGUGUGCACAAGGAAUAUAUGUACUAGACAAGUCACGAUAACCAUGAUUGUAUUGUAAACACCUGCAUUUUCAAACUCUCUCAUAACCUCCAUGCACUUCUAGUUUCAUUAAAAUAUAUUUUAACUACUUGCAGGAUAUCUAUUUCAGUGUAUAAAAUGCCUAGAAAAAAAUGAAAAAUGGUUCAGUGUAACACAGACUAAUUUCCUUUCCUAUACUUGGACCCAUGGUGCUUUUACAUGCACUGGCAUGCAUACACCCCUCCUCAAGACUCUUUCCAAGCUAGGAAAACCUUGUUUGGGGUAAUUUCUGAUAAGACUGGGAAUGUUUUAUAUCGAUUAAAGUAAAGUAAAAAUCACCCUAUGAUUCAGUUCAUGCGUGAUUUCAUAAUGAUUUUGGCACAGUUAUGGUAGAAAAGUGGCUUACACUUGAACAGACGCCUAUUCAGACUAAAUGAUCCGUCAGUCAUGUUUUUCUCUUUCUCUCAUAUGACUUAUAUCAGCUCCAUGGGGCCUACAGUCGGUAUUCACAACAGCUCAAAUGCUAUUCUGCAAGUAAAUUACGACUGAACUUGUUACCCCGCUCUUUAUGUGCGCCUGAUGAUUACAUGAAUGUGAAACAUUAAAGCCACAGACCUACUUUACCUCCCAUAUGGACUCCCUUGCACCAUAUUUCACUGAGGUUACUGUGUGUUGUGUCAGUUUGCCUUUAAGCUCUUAUCGUACGGCCCAUGACUCUGACACCAGCUGUUGUACACAGUGCACUACUGAGUAAACACAUGUAGCAUACCUCUAUCGUGACCAAGUAAGGCCAGCUGCCAAAUUAUUUUAUGGUGUCUGCUCUACAGUUGUCUGUCCUAAAUAGGGAUUUACAUAGAGGCCAGUGAUGGCUAUGAGCUCUCAACCUCUCCGUGUGCACUAUCAGCUAUCAGCACAUAGAUGUUUGCUUUGUGUGAUGUGUGUGUAUGUGCGUGUGGCCUUGAGACAGGCGGCACUCAUCUCUGAAAAUGGAUUUCUCUCCAGCCGAUGUGAUGUGUCAGAUAUUAAAAGGACCUGAAUGAAUGCAAGCCUUCACAGACAAACAGGAAGGCAGCAAAAGGGAACAGAGACGAGCAGACAGAGAGACCGAGACUAGUGGGAGGACGAAUGUAGAAACAGGGACAGGCAGGCAGACAUGUAAGUUAACAGCCAAACUGUCACUGACAAGUAGACAUGCCUAGUGGUUGGUUGAUAGACAUCAUAACAGAACAUUUUGACAGUGACCAUCACAGCUGGAGUGAGGAAUUACAUGACAGAGUAUAUAAGGGCUGUGUUGACACUCCCUCUUAUAUACAUGUUUCUGUAUCUAUGGAGACUUCACUUCCCAAAGAGAUAAGCUAGAGACCACAGCAGCUACAUCCUGAGGCUAGUCCAGCGCACACCAGCCACACAGCAAACAAACCAGCUAAGUGAUCACAGCUAAAUCAAUCUGUUUUACUUUCUAAACGUGAGUCUGAGCUGUGAAUGAGGCUGGUGCAGAAUAAGAGAUAAUCUGAAUGACUCUGGCACGGCUAAGAGCGCUGCUGAAUGACUCUGGUGUGGAAUAGCAAUUAUUGUGAACAACUCUGUGUUUCUGGAUGACUGCGGCACAAAAACGAGUAUAGAGACUAAGUGGAAGGAGAGGAAGGAAAACGGGGGAGAUGAGAGGUAAAAAAAAACCAAACAAACAAAAAUCGAUAUUGUGGAAAGAGCGAAUGCAGGCAAGGAGGAUAAGAAAGAAAGCAUAGCAAAGAGAGAGGGAGGAAUAAAGUAACGGGAAGUUAGGUAAUGGUCUUCCACAGGAAAUGGAGUUAGUUGUAGGGGCGGAUUGCUCUGCUUUGAAAUACAUAGAUAAAGGUCGCCACUGAGAAAGAGAGAGAGAGAGAGAGAGAAAGGGAGGGUUUCAGUAUGUGAGCAAAGAAGGAAUUCCCCCGCCUCUACUGCCCGGGCCAAGAAGUAGUGUGUGCGUGAGUGUGUGAGAGAGGAUUGCAUGCAGAAAGGCUUGUCUGGGCAAAUUGCAGAGUGCUCCUCACUAUUUCCAUGCUGCGCUGUAAGCCUACAUUGUGUUUAUCCUACAAUAUGGCCUCCUGUUUUCAAUAUGUACCUGGUAUGGCUGUAGGUCUUGUGUAAUAGUCUCUGGAAUAAGGUGGGCAAGUGCCGAAGUCGCGCAACGAACACGAGACAGGAUGAGAGUGAGAGGGCCUGGCAGAGAAAGAAAAUAGAGUGAAAGGAAAGGAGGAGGAAAUAGCGCAAGAGAGGAACGUCAAGGAGAAUCUCUGGGAUAAAUAAAUAAAAGAGUUGUUUUGAGAAAAAGGAACUAGAUGAAAAGAUGAAGCCAAUAAAAAAGCGCUCCCCUCCCUCCACCCGGGCUAAAGGAGGAAAGCGGCGAGGAGCGGGGGAUACCUUGGAAGGAGGAGAGAAGAGAGACUCAGAUGAGAACAGAGACAGAAGCAGAUCUCCGCAAAACCGAACUCCCUCCUCCUCGUUAUCUUCUAACUCACAUUCAGAGUCUCCACAGGCGGACACAUCCAGAGCGCGGGACUCUUCAGAUGGGGAGGGGAGGUCUGCUGCCAGCAGCGGUGGUGGCAGCAGCCACUGUGACAGCAGCGGCAGCAGUUGUAGUAACAGUAGCACACCAAGCGCCAACAACAGUCCAAACCCCGCCUCCAGCCGGAAAACAGCCACCUUCAAGGCCCGCGUCCCCAAAAAGAAGUACACCUCCGAACACUGCUCAUCUAAUACUGCUGGUAACUAUAGCAACCCUGCAUCCAGCACGCCCCCUCCUUUUUCUCUGAGCCAGGAGUCAGCGGGUCCAGGAAUCGACAUCAGCGUCUCGCAUUCUGACGGAAACGGUCAGAGUAGGAGCUUGAUGGAUGACUUCCACAGUCGUACCACCAGCAGGGAGGGGUCUCAGGACUCCCCGGGACCGCCAAUCCUGUCGCUUGGAGGGGAAAAACCCAGAGGAGGUGAAGGAGUGACAGAUGCAGAGCAGGUGUCCCCAAGCCCGCUGCCCCGCUGCUCCUCAACAGACACAGCCAGCGAGCACUCGGCUGACCUGGAGGUAGUUGGUGACACACCCCCUCAGAUGUCGACACACAGAACGUCUAGUCUCCCUGACGCACUGUCCGAUGCUCUGGCCAAAGGCCUGAAGAAUCAGCGGAUCCUCGCCCGCCAGCUCAGGAGAAGAAGUGAUGAGGAGGGAGGAAGUGACAGGAGGCACGACUUGGUAUUCCGGGCUGGCGUGGUCCGUAACGUCAGUGGUGAAUAUGGAAGCCUGGAGGUUCAGCUGAACGGGGAGAAGACGUUAUGCCGCUAUCCUUACCGACAUGAGAGCCCCCCAGGGGUGGUGGACAUUAUCCUAGAUGCCCCACCUCCUGGUGUGCAUCCAGUACCUAUAGGCACCCGUGUCUGUGUACCAUUUGGGAACGACGAGGGCAGCGAGAGCCAAUGGCAAUGGUACCGAGAAGGUGUGGUGACACAGGUAGACCCACACCCUGCGGUGGCUAACCGCUACCGUGUCCUGCUGUCUGAAGAAAGGCCUCACUCUCUAGAUGAUGAAGAAAACAACAGGGGUGCUACCCAGGCAGUAUGGGUCUCCAGACAAACACUCCGGCUUCUGGUGCCACCCUGGGACUUGGAUUUGCCUUCUGCUGGUGGACAUGAAGUAGAAGAGGGGGUAAGAGACAAGGAGAGAGAUCGGGAGGAAAGGGAAGAGAUGGAUGUGGAGGUGAGACGUUUGAGUCGACAAAUGACCCCGAGCAUGGGAUCAAUGUUAGGGAGAGGAAUGCCCUACCCAGGAAUGGUUCCCGUUUCCUCCACAUCGGGCCACAGCAUCACCUCGCCCGUUACUCCGACUUCAGUCCUCAGCCUGGCUCCUGGGCGAGAGAGGGAAAUCGAGAAGGACUUGGAGUGGGAGUCACAGAGAAACCAUGGAAGAGAGAGGGAAAGAGAGCGAGAAAGGGAAAACAGUGUAAAGCAGCAGCAGCAGCAUCACCCAUAUAUGCCCCUCACCCCUGAAGAAGACAUGGAAGUGUCCGGCAUCAACAUGGUCCAAGUGGGGCAGAUUAUAUCUGGGGGCAAGCCUAUGGCAGUUCCCCAACAUCGUCACAUUGUUUCUAAGACCCCGUCUGGCUACCUCAACCCCCAUCCCCACUUGUCUGUGGUGCGAGGCAUCGGGAUUCCCCCUGCUCACAUGACCUUGAAUCCCCACCCCUCUCCUUCACCUGUCCUGUUAGGCCUUGACCCAGCAGCUGCAGCAGCCGCAGCAGCUGGAGCUGUCAUUACCACCCCUCAGCUCCAUCCUCUCCCUCCCAUCACCUCUUCCACUACAUCCUCCUCCAGAGUGGAUAAGACAUCAGGGGGAGGUUCUGCCAGCAGUGGAGCAGGUGGUGGAUCCGGAUCAGGUUCGACAUCCUCCUCCUCGUCACGUUCCCGGACUCCGCUGACAGCUGCCCAGCAAAAAUACAAGAAGGGAGACGUGGUGUGCACGCCGACAGGUAUCCGAAAGAAGUUCAACGGGAAGCAGUGGAGGAGACUGUGCUCUCGGGAGGGCUGCUCCAAAGAGUCCCAGCGGCGAGGGUACUGCUCCAGACACCUCUCCAUGAGGACCAAGGAGAUGGAAGCCAGUGGAGGGGGCCGGGAUCGGGGCGGCGCCAGCAGCACAGGGACCCUAACACCAUCUGACCUCCGACUCAGCGGUGGGAGAGCCAGUUCAGAGUUUGACUGGGAUGAGACAUCACGGGAGAGCAGUGAGGCCAGCAGCCGUGGAGGAGACUCUCGCCCCCGCCUCGUCCUUCCCUCGCUGCUCCCCCAGGACCUUUCUCGCUUCGACUUCGAUGAAUGUGAGGCGGCAACUAUGCUCGUCUCUCUCGGGGGCUCUCGUUCUGGCACGCCUUCAUUCUCCCCCAUCUCCAACCAGUCACCCUUCUCACCCACGCCAUCCCCAUCACCCUCUCCGCUCUUCGGUUUCCGCCCUGCCAAUUUCAGCCCCAUCAAUGCUACUGCCUCACUUACCCCACGCCGCCCCCGACAGCUAAGCGGCACUAAGAUGGGUACGCCAGGCGCAGAGAGAGAGCGCCAUCUGUCAGGGAUUGUGCCCACUUUUCAGACCAACCUGACUUUUACAGUCCCGAUGAGCCCCAGCAAGAGGAAGUUCGACUCCCACCCGCCCCCACCGCUACCUGCUGUCCAGGACUACCAGACCAAACCUGAACAACAGCAGCUGGUGGGUGUUGGGGUGGUGGGAGACCCACCCAUGGGCCAUAGCCCUGCUGCCUUCAGAGUGCUCUCCCCCCAGAGUCAGCCCACAACACCUUCCUCACUUUCCUUCUCUCGUCCUCGUAGCGCCACCAGCAGGCCACCAUCCUCUGCCGCCUCCACGCCUCCACCCAUGUUAGUCUCUCCAACUCCUCCUUCACCACUUCCCCAGGAGCCGUCCCCACGCCGCAUCGUGCCCCUCCGGGACUCCCCAGUCAUUGUACGCAACCCAGAUGUCCCCUUGGCCAAAUUCUCCGAUGGCCCGUCGGGAAAGAGAGAGAGAAGCAGGUCGAGGGAGCACAGCCAGCACACAGCUCCCCCAGGCCUGCAGGCCCCCGUCCCCAUCAACGGGGCAGCCACCAACGGGGCAGUUCUCCUCCGCAAUCCCACAUCCACGCUCGUCCUGGUCACAUCCAGCUCGUCCUUGACUCCAGCCACAGGGGGCCACGCUUCCCUCUCCAGCCCCUCCACUCCUGGGUCCAUGUCUUCUUCAUCAAGCUCUGUGUUCUCCUCGUCUGGUUCCGGAGGCAGGGAGAGGGAGAGGAAACCCGAAGGGCAUCAAGACGCCAGUGGUGGGGCGCUGCCACAGCCGGUAGCCUGUCAUCCCACACCAACAGCCCUGCUGCCCCUCAUACUACCAGCAGAGUCGCCUCACCCUGCUCCACGCAAGCAAAUCAUCAUGGGACGCCCAGGGACCGUUUGGACCAACGUGGAGCCUCGGUCGGUGCCAGUGUUCCCUUGGCAUUCGCUGGUCCCUUUCCUGGAGCCCAGCCAAUCGGGAGCAGCUGCCCAGCCCGUUGAUGGCCAACAGCUUGUCAAUCAGAGCAAAGAGCCUCGCUGUGCUGUAGCUCUGGUGAGUGACGGGCGGUCAGGUCCUCCAGACCUGGAGAGAGGAUCGCCAUCAUGUCCACCCCCAACGAAUGACAAUCCUCCUACAGACAGGGGUGGGGUGGACAGCGAGAUGGAGAGUGACACAGAUGACCCGUUUUCCCCGGGUUUGGCCAACGAUCCAUCGCCUUCCACUGGAACCAUUAAGAGACGCACACAGUCCCUCAGUGCACUGCCUAAGGACGGAGACAGAAAGAGGGAAAAGGACCACAUCCGCCGUCCCAUGAAUGCCUUCAUGAUCUUCAGUAAACGCCACCGGGCCCUGGUGCACCAGCGACAUCCCAACCAGGACAACCGCACAGUCAGCAAGAUCCUGGGCGAGUGGUGGUACGCUUUAGGGCCCAAUGAAAAGCAGCAGUACCAUGAUCUGGCCUUUCAGGUGAAAGAGGCCCACUUCAGAGCCCACCCAGACUGGAAGUGGUGUAACAAGGACCGCAGAAAGUCUUUGUCAGAGGGCCGGGGUACCCCAAAGGAGCCACGGGAGCGGAGCAUGUCAGAGAGCAUAGAUGCCCACUCAGAGUCCCAGGUGCUGGAAGGGAAGGGGGGAGGCUCGGGAUGGCCGGGGGCAUCGGAGCGUCGAGGAGGGAUGUUUGGGGGGCCGUCUCACCGUCCCCGAGCCUUUUCCCAGAGUGCAGUGCACACCCUGGAGCAGAGGGAGUGGGAGAGAGACCUGGAGAAGGAGGACGGCACAGGUUUGUUUCGCGGCCGUCCACCGCCUCAGUCGCUGUACCAGGGUGGGGCCAGCGAGGACGUGACUAGCGAUGAGGAACGCAUGGUCAUCUGUGAGGAAGAGGGAGACGAUGAUGUCAUGGAAGAUUCAUGUCCUGAAGGCUCCAUCGACCUCAAGUGUAAAGAGAGGGUGACAGACAGCGAUGAGGAUGAACCAGAUGGACAGCAUGGCUUCCAGCCUGUGGCUCGCUCCUCUCUCCCCUCCUCCUCUCCCUCCAUCAUUCACUCCGACUCCUCCUCGGCUAAAGGGAACGGUGGCGGUAACGGAGGAGGUCCUGAAGACGGGUCAGAGAAGAAGAGAAAGAGAGGCGCAGAUGGAGGAGAGGAUGAGAGCGAGGGAGCCCUAAAGACAGAGCAAGUGGCAGCGGGUGGAGGAGAAGGAAAUGGAGGAGGUGGGCAGGAUGUCUCCUCUCUCUCCAUCUCCCAGCCUCCUCCACCGCUGGCCCAGCAGAGUUUGACCCCGGUCGGCGUCCGCAUGGCCCCCACGAUGGUGACUAACGUUGUGCGCCCCAUCGCCAGCACGCCCAUCCCCAUCGCCAGCAAGCCGGUGGAAGGAGCCAUCACCCUCAGCACCCUGCCACAGGACAAGAAGGCCACUCUCCUGAUUGGGGGUGGAGGUGCUCAGCAGCUGCCGAUCACAGCAGGGGGUGGGUACCUGUCGUCCUCCUCCCCUGGUCCAGUCAGUGUAACCCCUGUAGGAGGCAGCAGCCUGAUCACUAGCCUAGGUCUGGGACCCGCUCAAGCAGUGGAGCUCCUCUCCCUACACAUCCAAAGCCCCCUACCUGUCCUCCAGCUCCACCCCACUGCUGCCACCACCUCUUCUCUCACACCUCCCGCCUGCCCCACGACCCCGGGACAGGCGCAGUACAUCCUGCCCACCGAGAGCCCCUCCUCCCCUCAACUCACUCACCAGCAAAUCCUCUCCCUGCCCGCAAAUGCCGCCCUGGCCAAUGGCGUGCACUCGGGGGCGGGAAUCAGAGUCAGCCCCGGGACUAGAGUCCAAACCCAGUCGCCAGUCUUGCAGAGCAAGAUGUUGGUUCCCAUGGCAACAGUGAGAACCGGGUCUACUCCUCCUCAUCCUUCCAUUUCCCUGGUGGCUCCGCCUCUUCCCGUGCAGAACGGCCCUGCGACAGGAAACAAGAUCAUCCAGAUCGCUUCCAUGCCUGUUGUGCAGACCAACGUCCACCCUAGCGGUGCAGCAACAGUACAUCCUGGGAGCCCCUAUCCUGUUUCCAUGGCAACGGUGAUGACUCCCGGUGCUGCGCCCCCACAGACCGUUCUCCUGACCUCUCCACCCACCAGGAUCACGUAUGUUCAGUCAGGUCCAGGUGUCACCACGGCAACGCACCAGCAGGGUCCACAACCCCCUGGUCCUGCAUAUCUCCAGUCUUCUCUGGCAACCCUGGGCUUCACCGCCAUCGCCCCAGCUCCACAAACCCUGGUUCAGCCAGUCGUUGGUCAGCCUCCGCUACUCGCCCCAGCUCAGCCUCUAAGCUGUCAAUCACAGAGCUCUCCGGGACAGACAGCGGGCACCACCGGUCGUCAGGUACUAACUGCCAUCUACCCUGCACCACCCGUUGCUCUGCCCACUGGCGUGGUCUCAGUGACGCCUGUGCCGCCUGCAGGGGCGGCUCCAGCUCAGGACGUGGCGAACCCUCCCUCUCCGCUCGCUGUAGGGCUGCAGGGUUCAGCGGUGGCGACCCCUCACCCUGGCAUGGGAACAGAGGUGGAGGUGAAGCACGAGAGCCAGCUGGAUGCUCAGAGUGACGCUCAGGGGUUGUCGAGCUGUGUCACCAGCUCCUCGAUGGGCACCUGUACAAGCAGCAUCAUCGCAGUGAAAAAAGAGGAGGACACCACUUUGCGCAUCAAAGAAGAAAAUUUGAGGGAUGGAUAUGAGAGAGAGAAACAAAGUGAGAUGGACGACGAGCGAGAGAGCUGUGAAAAGAAGCGAGGCAGAGAGACGGAGAGAGAGGAGCUCAGCACGGGCAACAGCAGCAAAGAGGCUGGACCUCGUUCCCCACCUCCACCACUACCCUCAGGUUUGGACCCCCCUCCUCCUCCACCUGUAGAAAGAGAUCCUCCCUCUUCCUCAAAGAAGACCAAGUUUCGGCCCCCGCCACUCAAAAAGACGCCUGACUCUCAUGACAAGCUCCUCUCGGAGACGUACUUUGAGGAACGCUUUGCUGAGCUGCCAGAGUUUAACCCAGAGGAGGUCCUUCCCUCGCCCACUCUGCAGAGUCUGGCCACCUCACCGAGAGCAAUCCUGACCAGCUACCGCAAGAAGAGACGCAACUCCACGGACCUUGAGCUGACUGGGGAAGACCCGAGCUCCCCGAGGAGAAAGACUCGUCGCCUGUCCAGCUGCAGCUCAGAGCCCAACACCCCCAAGAGCGCCGCCAAGUGUGAGGGAGACAUAUUUACCUUCGACAGAGCAGGUCCAGAAGGCGAGGUUCCCCCGGGAGAAUUGGACAGGGUUUCGUACUCGUCUCUGCGCAGAACACUGGAUCAGCGUCGGGCCCUCGUCAUGCAGCUGUUUCAUGACCAUGGCUUCUUCCCCUCAGCUCAGGCCACAGCUGCCUUCCAGGCGCGCUACUCAGACACGUUUCCCAACAAGGUGUGCCUGCAGCUGAAAAUCCGCGAAGUCCGUCAAAAGAUCAUGCAGACGGCCACGCCAGGAGCCCUCGAGCCCGGAGCGUUGGCCGAAGCCAGCCCCGCCUCUUCCCACAGCUCCUCUUUUAAUCAAUCAACCCGGGAGGAUGCAGGGGUGGAGCAGCAGGGAGACAAAGGGCGGAGCCCCGAGGAGCCGAAAAGCGAAGGAUCGUAAGCUGGAGAGGGCGACGGAGCAGAAGAAUUGAGGAAAGACAAAGAGGGAGAGAGAGGAGUGCGUUAACCAGUGAGGUCCUAUCUGCUGGCGCUAAUCUCCAUCAGACCUGGGCAGAAAUGUGGAAUGUGGUCACAAAUAAUUCAAACUACUCAAGGCGCGCUUGGAUCAUCUAAUCAGACCUUUAAAAAAAAAAAUCAAAAAGCCUCAAAUAUGGUCAAAUCACAUGCAAGUCACGAUGAGUCAAGUGCUUCUUGUAUUGUUUUCGCUGUUUAUUUUCCAAGUAUCCAGAAUGUCUUUAGUUAACCCUUUUGCCCGGGUCUGCUCUCAGCACAUUUGUACAGUAGUUUGUAGUUUGACACACAAACUCUAUCUCUCUGGCAAACACACACAUGCAUACAGACACACACACCAGCCCUGGUGCAUAUGUAAUCUCCAGCAUGCACAUGAUCCCACAGAAACACGCAUACACGCUUAACAAUCAGACUGUUACUCUUGGUUGGCAGCCCCCAGGAGUUGCUACCAAGGACCACGACACACAAAGGCACUUUGUCACUUAUUGUGCAGAUGCAGUUUGCUGUUGCCAGCCAGCCAGCCCUCAGAUGCCAUUGACUUGACCUCUUUCUCGUCCUCCCACUCCUCAGCACAGUGGUCAGGACAUAAAAACACAACCCCAACGACCUCCACUGAUAUUCCACAGCCCCUCGAUGCUGCAAGACAGACAGCACACACACAUACACAGUACACACACACACACGAACACGCGUCCGUACAGCGUGAGUACACAAACACAGUCAAACACCACCACCAACCCCGCCCCUUGGUCUGACCAAGCCAUCGGCCUGCACAGUUUUUAGUGAUUGUAGUGAGAAGAGAAACUGAAAGCAUGACAUUUUAUUCGCUCCUGAAAAGAAAAACAAAACAAACAAAUAAAAACAAGAAGGCAGGAGUCGUGAUGUAGUGUGACCAAUCUUUGCACCUUCAGUUUAUUGCCAUUAUGAAAGACUCGAGUCCUUACUGGCGGGAGCUGAUGAUCUAUAUGUCUGUAUGUCUGCCGGGGGUCAUGACCCCCAAAACCUGUGCGAACAGGUACCAUAAAGAGAUUAUGUAAAGAGACUUUUAGGUUGUGAGGCUUUGAAGAAUCAACGUUAAACUCGACACCGACCAGCUCCCAACAGAGCACGGAGAAAAAGGGCGGAAGAAGGAGAAACUGGAUGCAAGAUUCAUAUUCCAACGAUGGGAAGACGUGAUAGCGGUGAAUACGGACAACAUGACGAGAACCAAACUUCUCUGAAUCCCCCCCCUCCCUCCCCCCAUGGAUAUGAUGUUGCUUUCUCUCAUUAUCGUGGAAAUAACCAGUUUUACCGUGGCCUGUUUUUCUCUCUCGUGGCUCUAUUGUGUUUCUUCUCCAGCAUAAAAAAAUAAUAACAACAACAACAACAAAACUCUGGACAAAUAAGGGGACAAAAAUCAGCGUGUGCCCCGUCUCUCCCCUCCCUCCCCUCCCUCUACGAUUUCUCACCAGACACAGAAGCGGGGGAGCAGGGGCGUUUGUCGUUUUGUAAAACGUUGAAAUCAGGUGUUUGCACAAUUUGUGCGGCCCUCUCCGUCUGGGGGCCGCCACAAGUUAAAUCAGGAAAGUAUUGUUUUUAGAGAUUGUUUUAGUAGUUAAAAAAUAAUAACUUGUUCCUUAUGUUAUCAAUCACCCUUUUCCUCCUUCCCUGCUUUCCUCCUCAGCCCUCUCUCUCUCCUUCUCCCCCCUUUACUGCUCUCCUCCCUCCGACCCUCAAGUGUUGUCUGAAAGUGCCCUUAAGCACUGGUCCCGGGUCAAGCGCUAUGUAGCUCAGGAUGGUUCUGGUUAGGGUUAGUUCAGGGAAAGCGGAUCCUAGACCAGCACUGGAGGGCAGUCUCCGGAGCCCUCCCCUUGUCCCUCUCUUCUCGACACUUUAUCCUUUCCCAUCAAAUGGUGCAAUAGGACUUUUUUUUUUUUAAAUGGGUGGGGUUUUUGUUUUUUUUCGGGGCAAGGCUCUGUGCCAUAGAUAUUAAACCCAGUCAGACAGUGAGAGGGAUGAGCUGUUGUCUAUAAAUAUGGUAUAAAAGAAAACAAAAAAGAAUCACGCAAUUAUUGUUCUUGUUGAAGCGAUAGAAAGUAUAACUUACUAAAAGUCAAAGACAAUUUUUAAAUAGCACUUUUUGGCUCUUUGCUUCUCGAGUGAAGAGUGGGGGUAGUUAUUAUUAUUAUGGGUAUCUCUAUAAUUUCUCUGUAUACAGUUGGAUGUGUGAAAAACAAAUAUAUAUACCGGUAUUUCCAUAUAUGUGCAUUUAGGUCUGUGUUUGGGUGUUGUGUGUAUGUUUUGGCACAUGCAGGUAGCGUGUUAUCACGACCAACCUCUCGUUCUUUCACCACACAGCAACAUUAUCAAUAGUAUAUUUUUCAUUGUAUCUACAUUCUAUAUUCUACUCUAGAGACAGUAUUUUUAUAGUCACCAUGACUAUUUUGUCUGCCAUCUUGACUGUUAUCAAACCCAGUUGAUUCAGGAUAUAUGUGAAAUAUAUAUAUAUAUAUCUAUAUAUAUAGAUAUAUAGAUAUAUCUAUAUAUAUCUAUAUAUAUAAAUACACACAGGUAAGAAGAAGACUAUCAAUUCACAUUACUUUGGGGUUAGGGCUGUAAAGUGUCUGUCUGCAUGCAUGUGCAAUCACAUGCACCCGUGCACACACCCACACAGACAUAUGUGCAUACACACACGUAUGCGUGUACACUGUAUGAUUGUGCUUAAAAAUAAACUGUCCUUACUUUGGAGAAGGAAAUUUUAGGAUGAGCGAUGUGAGUGUUAUCUCAUAAGCAGGCAUGUUGACCAUGUGCAAUAUUUCUAAACAACAAAAAAAGACUAAAUAUUGAAAAUAUUAAAGUUCUAACACAACCUCUUA